UUAAUAUAUGGUAUAUAUGGUAUUCCUGGUAUGUAUUUCAAGAUGGCGGAAAGUGUGAGGAAGAAGAGAACAAAAAGCAAGCGAAAAAUCCAUGAGUGUAUUUAUUGAUGUAUAUAUGCGUAAAUCUAUGUAUUUACUAAGCCAGAGUACACAGUAAAAGGCAAUGUAAUGAAUGUCCAAUAUAUCUGAUCGCCACGUUGUGUGCCUUUACCUCGACGCACAGAUUUUAAACUUAGCCAAAGAAUCGAAAUCUUGCACCCACGGACGGCAACGUAUCACCACCCAGCCGAAAAAAGGAGAAAUACUACCGAAAGGAUCUGGCGGGUGUGUUGCAGUCCACUCGAGGAAAUCAGUUGCGGCUCAAGUCGAACUUUUGCAUUCGCAGACUUUCAACGACCUCUAGUGCUCUACGGCUUGCGCGCGACUUGCUAACACGAAACGAUAUUUAAACGCAACGCCACAGGAUUUCAGAACGUCCAUUCCUAACAAACUCCGCUCGUGGCCCGAAUCCAGGUUGUAGCCAAAAAUACCCCCGCAUCUAUCAGCAGACUAUGUCUAAGUAUUUGCGUCCCCAAAAUUUACAAGAGAACACAUAGCUAUGGCUGCGACGAGAAAAUUGCAAGGCGAAAUUGAUCGAUGUUUAAAAAAGGUAGCAGAGGGCGUUGAAACGUUUGAGGAUAUUUGGAAAAAAGUACACAAUGCGACAAACACCAAUCAGAAGCAAAAACAUCUGCAGGAGAAGUAUGAGGCAGACCUCAAAAAGGAAAUCAAGAAAUUGCAACGACUUCGCGACCAAAUUAAAUCAUGGAUCGCAUCAGCUGAAAUUAAGGAUAAGAGCUCCCUUCUUGAGAAUCGACGUCUCAUUGAAACACAAAUGGAACGCUUUAAGGUGGUUGAGCGCGAGACGAAAACAAAAGCCUACUCCAAGGAAGGCUUGGGAGCUGCACAAAAGAUGGAUCCUGCCCAGCGUAUUAAAGACGACGCACGCAAUUGGUUAACCAGCUCAAUAAGUUCCCUUCAAAUACAAAUUGACCAGUAUGAGAGCGAGAUCGAAUCGUUGCUGGCAGGUAAAAAGAAACGCUUAGAUCGAGAUAAACAGGAGCGAAUGGAUGAUCUACGAGGAAAGUUGGACCGCCAUAAGUUUCACAUAACAAAGCUGGAAACUCUGCUUAGGCUGCUUGACAAUGACGGCGUCGAAGCAGAGCAGGUAAACAAGAUCAAAGACGAUGUCGAAUACUACAUUGAUUCAUCGCAAGAGCCAGACUUUGAGGAAAAUGAGUUCAUAUACGAUGAUAUAAUCGGUCUUGAUGAAGUGGAGCUAAGUGGCACGGCUACCACGGACAGCAACAACAGCAACGAGACAAGCGGCUCUCCAAGCAGUGUCACAUCCGGAGGCAGUCCAUCACAGUCCCCCGUUACGGUUCAACAAAUUUUAAACACUUCGUCGCAGGGAGCAGCUAGUAGUGGUAGCAGCGCAGCUAGCGCAGCACUGUUUCAGCAGCAGCUGACAGCGGCACAAUCAAAUGGCAACAAUGUGGGCUACGCGAGCGACACAAGCGCAGCUUCUUCGUCUGCUACAACAUCUACAGAUCCUGCGGGCGGCACAGUUGCUGUAAAUUGUGUUGGGGGGCUAGCCGAUAAACGCAACAAGAGCAGCGAAAGCAAUACCCUAAAAUUGAAACAGCCUCAACCUCAUCAACUUAUAAAACCUACACCUGUACGAGCCACGGCCAAGCUGCCUCUCAGCAGUGAAACCCAAGUCAAUAAGAUUGUCAGUUCAACUCCCAGCAAAAAUCAGCAACAACUGCCCACAGCAGCUUCUAUCGUUGCAACCUCCGCUAUGCAAUCGCAAAGCAGUAUCAGUGGGAGCGGAAGUUGUAGCUCCACUGGAGGAACGGGAGCAUCUCAAUCAGCUUCUAGUGGUAACAAUCCUGCGGUUCAGCCAAAUGCUCCGACGCCUGGCCAAAGCGCCACAGGUAUUGCCGCUGCAGCAGCUUCAACUAAUGUUGUUUCGGCGACGAUUGUGAGCAGCGCCAAUGUUCAAGGCCAAUCUGUGAUCCAACCAACACCAACAAUUGCAUUUGCUGCAGUAGCAAAACACAAUACAUCACUCCUGGAAAAUGGUCCUGUUUUGCAGCAGCAACUAGCAGUAACUCCUACUGUGGCAGCUAUCGUAGGAGCUGGAACGCAGGCACAGCAAAAACAUGUGCCACCAUUAUCCAAUCUUCAAACAAAUUCCCCUCACAUACAAAAUGGUCUUCCUGUCUCGGACAGUAAUAAUGACAACAGCUGCAAUGUCGUCGAUACGAUUUCUCUAAAAACAAUGGCACAGGAUGCUAUUAAUCGAUCCGCGAUCGAUCCUAAUUCUCUGAAUCAGCAACAAACAAGCAGCAUUGAUCUGAGACAGCCGCAGUCGCAGAAAUCACUUCUCCAACAUUUCAACUCUGAAACUAACACGAAUCAACAACAGCAAUUGACGUCGCAGCAGCAGCAACAGCUUCAGAACAACUCCCUUGCUGCGACCACAGGUUCUAACAACGGACCUUCAACUGGUAGUGGUCUCAUGAAUGUAGCAAACGCCACUGGUCAGCCCAUCAGCGGCAAUGCCAAAACGCAUACGUGCCAACCCCAACAGAUGGCCACGACGGAAGCGCACAUUCCCACACUGCUUGGUGUGACACCACUUGGGCCAACACCCCUUCAAAAGGAGCACCAAAUGCAGUUCCAAAUGAUGGAAGCUGCCUACUAUCACCUGCCACAGCCUAUGGACACGGAAAAGCUACAAACGUACUUUCAUCGCGCACCAGUGCUCACGCCAUCGCACUAUCCCCAGGCACAGAUGCCAAUAUAUGAUACAGUUGAGUUUUAUCAACGACUCUCAACGGAGACCCUUUUUUUUGUGUUCUACUAUAUGGAGGGCUCCAAGGCCCAAUAUCUAGCGGCCAAGGCCUUAAAAAAGCAGAGCUGGCGUUUCCACACAAAGUAUAUGAUGUGGUUUCAAAGGCACGAGGAGCCCAAGAUUAUCAACGAUGAUUACGAACAGGGUACGUACAUCUAUUUUGAUUAUGAAAAGUGGAGUCAGCGAAAGAAGGAGGGAUUCACCUUUGAAUACAAGUACUUAGAGGACAAGGAGCUGAAUUGAAAUGUUGCGAUGUUUGUUGCUUCGUCUGUCUAAAAGAAAAUCAAUCCAUUAAAAUAAUAAAAUAAAUCAAUCCAAUUUUCAUAAAAAAUCACACAAUCAUAACACAAAUCAAAAUCGAAAAGCGCGAGAAAGAUCAACUAAUGGAAAUUUAAAAGAAAACGCAAAACAGCCGUAACCAUAAGUUAAAAGUAAAAUGAAGUAUGAUAUUUAUUAGGAAUGCAUGUUUUUUAGCUUUACUCCUUUCGUUAAUUUUACAUUCUUGCAGAAUUAAUAAGGAUGCUUACUUUUAUACACAUUUCGCUACGCUUUUUUAAUCAAGUAUUGCAUUACAAAUUAGUUUCCUUAUCUUGGCCUUUAAAAUCACAUAUAGGUGUUUUGUAAGGACCUCUGCGAUUUUUACCGACGUCACAAAUAGAUUAGUCUUACUUGCGUCUUUGAUGAGUACGUACAUCAGCAGAUACAUGUCUGCGAAGAGUAAGCAAUCACAGAGGGCCUUCAAAAACAAUCUCAUAUUACCUAUAUUCUAUGGGUCCUUUGUUAAAAGUUGACAGACUUAAAAGAAACAUUGGUUCUGAUUUGUAUGCGAUUAAAUUAACACAUCAAUAACAAAUUGUUUGUCAUAUUCAUACCUGAGGGUGUAUGAGAAAGCUAUCAACAUGAAGCAAAAAAUAGGUAUAACCUGAUCAUACUAUAUUUGGAAUUUAAUCUUUUUUGGUCCCAUUUUGUUACGUAAAAUUUCCAAGGCUUUUGGAGGGCAAGUCUUGUUUAAAUAUAUGAACACAGAAUAAAGACGAUUGAAUAGUUGAAA